CUACAAUCAGUCAAAGGAGCGCUGCUCAUUGCCGCAGGCAAUGGCAAGCUCCACGCUGCCAAUUCUGCCAUAUUCUACAAUAGUCACCAACAUUGGAAAAACGAGCAAAAUGUACAAGGGACUGCUGAUAGUAUUAGGGAUGCCAAAAUCAUGCGAAACUCCAAUGCCACAAAUGUAAUUCCUACUACUCACUCCGCACAAGGCUUCCAAGUUACAGACACAAUCGAAUUUCCAGGUG